UGGGCAUAAAAGCUGUGAUGAUAAAUACAUAAGAUAUUGGUCUUCCUGGCAAAUAUUUGUGUGUAUUAGCUUUCUAUCUCUUAUUCAAGUCAUGAAUAAUUCUAACCAGUUUUCUUUACUCCUGUGUUUUUCAGGCUGCCGUCAGAUUGGCAAGAGGUGGUCUGUCACCUUUGACAUGUCCUCCAUAUCUGCAAGCGACAACGUCCAGCUGGUCGAGCUCCGCAUCCGCCUUCCCGCUUUCACAGAGUCCUCCCGAGCCUCAGUUGAUAUCUACCACUCCCACAGGGACCAGUGCUCCAGCACGCAGUGCCCAGAGAACAGGCUGUUCCUGGGCCGCCUGAAAGUUUACCCCAGUGCGAUGGUGUCCCCCUCAUCCUGGAAGGUGUUCAACAUGACGGAGGUGCUGCGCCGAUGGCUGCAGCAGGAGCACCCCGCCCAGAGGGUGAUGGAGGAGGAGGACGAGGCUGAGGUGAGAGAUGAGGACGGAGACAGGAGAGGGGUCCAACACCUCACAGCCGACCGGGUCAUGAUGGUGGUCUUCUCAAGGCAGAGCCAGCGAACGCAGACGCUCAUCCGCACAGCCGAGCACUCCAAGUACGUCAGCCUGGACAGGGAGCGGGCGACAGCCGGCUUGAGCUCCAGGGCGAGGAGCCACAGGGCCAAGAGGCACCACCAGACCCAGCAGCAGAGGCGGAGGGUGGCAGCAGCUGCUCCUGCUGAGAAGCCUACAGAGGAGGAGAGGAAGGGUCCUCUCUGCAGGAAGGUGGACAUGUGGGUGGACUUUGAGAAGCUCGGCUGGAGCGAGUGGAUUGUUUAUCCGAAACGCUACAAUGCCUAUCGCUGUGAGGGGAGCUGUCCUACACCAGUAGACGAGACCUUCACCCCAACCAACCAUGCAUACAUGCAGAGCCUACUGAAGCUUCACCACCCAGACAAGGUGCCAUGCCUGUCCUGUGUGCCGACACGCCUGGCACCACUUUCUAUGUUGUACUACGAGAACGGAAAGAUGGUCAUGAGGCAUCACGAGAACAUGGUGGUGGAGGAGUGCGGCUGCCACUGAGGACAAGACUUGCAAACCUUUUAAAAAGGUUGGAGUCACUGGACUGUAGCUGCUGAGCCGCAGGCCCAGAGGAGUCUACAGCCACAGAACUGAGCUACUCAGAGGCACAAAGUGGAUUCAUGUCCACAGGCACUUGACAGAGAGUUUGACACUGGGACAGAGGCUGCUGCUGCGAUGCAGGACUUUCAAGAAGGGAACUACUGUAUAUCCUGCACACUGCUCUCUAAAUUAGUGUUAUACAUUGUUAGUACUUUUUGUAGAACAUUAGGUGACCUAAGUUGUGCCUUGGAUUGCAAGUGAAUCAGAUGUAAUUCAAGAUUAUGAGGACUGAUCUGGUCAAGAUCAACAAAAUAGCACAACAUGGUCACUGACUGAAGCACUAUAGAAGAUUCAUAAGCAGCUGUACACAAGAGGUCUUAUGUACAAGCUGUUUUUUUAUGGUUGAAAGACUGACAUUUUUAAUGUCAUAGACAUGACAAAUGUAGAUGUCAGAAUGGUGUAAGCGCUUUAACUUUAUUAAGAUGUUUGGGUCAUAUUGACCCAUUUGUAUGUUUACUAUGUACAGUAAUACAAUAAAUUAUUUCUUAUCUAGAAGUAAGUGUUCAGUGUUUUUUAUGAGUUUAAACACAGGCACCUGACUAUUAAUUUUAGACAGAUAUAAAAAUUGUGUCAUGUUUUUUUUUAAGCAUUUUCAAAUAAUGUUUUUCAGUUAGACUUAA